GUACAGUCCUCUCGCCGCCUCUCCGCCCGCCCCCUCCCCUUCCGCCGCCACCCCGUCUCACACGGGUUGCGCAACCGCACAAGGUGCAGGGUACACGAGCCGCAUAUGUCGAUUAAAAUCCGUGCCUUACGCCGCCCACACCGCACACGAGCCACAUUCUCCAGGUUUGCUGGAAUCCAAUCGGAUCCAUCCCGUACAGCAGCUCUCGUAUCUUCUAGAUAGUACCUACAAGGCAGGGCUUCGGGUAGUACCUGCUGAAAGGAGAAUUGAGCCCCUAAGCCACCGAAACGCUCAGCCGUUGGGAGCUCCCUUUUUGCUUACUUGUAGGAUGCAAACCGACGUGGCGCGAUUCGAGAGCGAUUAAAGUCGCCACCGCGGAUUUGUCGAUCGGUCUGUAGUAAAUACAGGUGGAAAAGGGGUGACGAACGGCUAGGGGGCGGGUAGCCAUUAAGCGUUAGGUUGGGCUGCAGCAAAGAGGAAAAACUUUAAUAAAAGAGUGACAGUAGGUAAGUACGAGGUGGAAAACGGAGACGAACGGUUAGGGGACGAACGGUGCGCGCCGAAAGAUCGGAUACGUAACUGUAGCACAACGCUAGUGGUGAUUCCACCAGUAGCAGUACGGCCAAUAACGGGUAUUGCUCCCUCUCGCGGAACGAGCACAGCAACAACACCGUGGUGACCACGUGCUGUUGCGACUGUUUGAGCGCGGCCCGCGCUUUGCAACUCCCUCCCCUCCCCAGCUCCCUCCACCUCCGCUUCCCCUUCCGCCAUUCCGCCGUUCCGCCAUUCUGCCAUUCCGCCUCCGCCUCGCAUAAUGCUGCCCUCCACCGCCCUUUCCCCGCUCACCUCUGCUGCGCCUUCCGCCGCCUUCCCCGGGAGCAUCCGCGCCGGCAAUCUCCGCGGCAGCAGCCGCCGUCGCGGUAGCGCAAACUCCGCAGGUUGCGGAAAGUCCACUGACUCAUCGGCUCCCCUUCUCCCCCCGCAUCUUGCGCAUGGGUUGCGCGGAAGGGACCGCUGGCGGAAGCGGAGUCUGGGGGAAAGCCAAGGCGGGCGCGGAGGGCGGGGGCUGGUUCGCGCGCAGGCUUCGCGGAACGACGAGGGCGCGGACAGCGAGGAGGACUCGUUCGCUGACGUGGAAAAGCAACUGAUGGACUACUUCACGUUCAAGGCCGUUAAGACGGUGCUGCAGCAGCUGCUGGAGAUGAACCCCACCCAGUACAGCUUCCUCUACAACUUCACAGUGCACAACAGGGUGGUGGACGGAACUACCUAUAUUCGCACACUGGUGCAGGAGCGUCAGGAGCUGGGUGAGCGAAUCAUGAUCACACGCAUGGACCUGUUCACUCGAUGGAAGAAGCGCUACUCCCAUGCGGCCCUGCACGAGGCCAUCCGGGAGCAGAACCUGGAGCUGCUGAGGGAGCACCUGCUGCAGACAGUCAAAUUCCAGCCAGAUGACACCCCCUCGGACCCUGUCCCCCCCGGCACUGCAUGACACUGCAUGGCGUCUUCGCUUGAGGCUCCUCAGAAACAGAACUGGUGUUUCCGAGGGAGCAUCUGCUGCAGACAGGCCCUGUCUACAGUCAAGUUCCAGCCGGAUGACACGUCACACAACGCCCUCCCAGACCCUGUCCCCUCCGGGUGCUGCAUGACGUUGGAUUAUGUGCUGGUACACACACGCAACACUAAUUUAUUGGAUUAUGUUGGUCAAUUGGAUUUAGUGUGUUUGAGGUGCACUGGGAACAGGAGAGCGUGGUACUCUUGUGCUGGGUGCAUGAUGGUAGGGUGGUGGGGUGAGCUGGUGUUGGCACGCAUGUGCUUAUGAUGAAUUGAAUGAGUCACAAUGGUACAAUGCAGG